AUGGGCAGCUGUUUCUCUAAAUCUUUGACAAAUGACGCCGAGCCAGAUUUGUUCCGCGCCGCAGACAUUCCUAGCAACUUACCACAUGCCAUCUAUCCGUUCAAUGAGCACAACGAAUCCUGCCGCGUGCUGCGACCCUGGCAGAUUCACGGAGAAAAGUCUCGCAAUUUCAGAUACGUUAUAUACACUAUUAAUAACAACCUUCUUACUAAACAACAAUCUAUCGCCCAGGAGGUAACCUUGAAACACAUAUUACAACUUGCGAGUAUUCAUGGGUUGAAUGUCUUGGUUAAAUGCUUGGACUACUCGUCAGACGCAGACCAUGACCCAGAAGCAGCAAAAGAACAGCAGCUCUAUAUGGAUAUGCUGGCGGCAGAUUUCGCGUCAGACCUCGUCUCUAUGUGGGACUGCCGACGGCCUCAUCCAACUUCUAGUCGUGGUACUGCCAGAAUCCUCACAAGCGAGGAACGCAUUGAUGCAGCAAUCAACAAGAUACGGCAUAGCCGGGAGAUAGGCGACUCAGACGCUAAAAGCCAGGUUGAGCCGGAGCUGGUAGCUGCUCUAUCCCGCUUUACCCAAGAAUGGCCUCUAGACGAGUUUCUAAUGAGGAAAGACGAGAUAUGUGAUCAAGCGCCUACUGUUACCGCGGAAGGAAUCUCCAAGCUACAGGCGCAAUUUAUUCUGCAAACACGUGUCGCCUACGCUAGCCUCACCAGCGAGACUGGCGCUGCGCCGACAGUAGCUAUUAGUUUUGUCCCAGACGAAAUUCCGAACAUCACCCUUACCAAUAUCAAAAGACACCUUAAAACUGUUUUCGACAUUUUGUCCGAGGAAGUAAACGAGUUUGGAAAGGCUAUGCGCCACGAUCUAUAUACGAUCCAGUUGAUCUCGCUUGGCACGACCAGCAGCAGAGGCGGUGGGCAGUGGAACAUCCUAGACGGCCUUGGGCAACGAGGCGGCGACAUAAUCGACCAUUUGCAUUUGGACUGUAAUGCGCUCCUUACGCAUGGCCCGGGGCCCUUUCUUGGGCAGAAAAUAAUGCUCGGAUCAAUUGAGCCCGAGAUUGAUCGUGUUCCCGCAGGUGGAAGCGCAACGCAAGAAUUCUAUGGCAAUGGGGGUUUUCCAGUAACGAAGGAACAUAUGGAAGAAUGUUUCUGUCAGAAAAAGCCAGCUGAGGCGUACAUCGUCAGGUAA